GCGCAGUGGCCGUCACGGUGAGCGGAGGCAAAGUCUCCAUGUGGCUGCGAAACACUUUGCAAGUCUCUUCAAUCCCACGCCCAGGUCACAAUCUCAGCCCAUGCAGGCUGCCCUCAAACUGAGUCCCGGCUCAGCUCCUGCCAGCACGUCUUUCCCUUUCAACUCCUCCCUCUUCUCCACCCUCUCCCUAGGGCCCCCCUUAUCCUCCUACCCCUUUCCCCUUCCUCCCACUGACUAACUUCCUCUUCACAUUCACAAUGCAGCGGGUUCUCAGCUCUGGCCGGCAGCGGCUCCAAACCCGUUCCUGCGGUGGAGUGUUUUUCUUCCCCUCUUGAUCCGGAGCAGCCCGGGAGGAAAAGCCUGUCAGGGCUGAAUUUACAGCCCUGGAUGCCUGCCUGGCCCGAUCGCUCUCACGCGGACGGAGUAGAGCUGGGACCAGCGCUCCCUCGCUCGGAGGUGGAUGCGGCGUGGCUGGGAGCGCACGGCGGGCUUUGGGAAGAGAGGUACCCAGACGUGGCUGCUGAGCGCCCGGCUUCACCGGCCUGCCCAGCGCAGACAGCCCCUUCCUCCGCCGGAGCCGCCCGCUGGCUCUGGACCAUGCGCCCGGGGAGGGCCAGUUUACCUGCGGGGAGCAGCCGGUCCCGGCACCAGCAGCCACAGGCAAGUCAGAGUGAAUCCCCUAUUGUGCAUCCAGGACACAAGGUGGAGAGUGACUUAUAAUGGCUGGGAAACGACACUUAGAGGACCUGGACCCUGUGGCCUACAACAAGUUACCUCGGCUGGAGACAGAGCCAAAUUGUGUCCUCCCCACAGGCUUGUGUAAAUCGAGCCCCUUGCCUAGUCAUGGUUCUGAAAACCAUUUCAGCUACAAGGGAACCUACUUUGCUUACCCGCUGCAAAGCCCUGAUGGGCUCGAGUCUCUGACCCACUGGAGUCCAGCCGCAUCUUACAUGCAAUAUCCAGGUAAUGCUGUCAGCCAGCACAUGAGGACAGAUGGUGCGCUGAUGAACUGCCUGCUGUACGGACGAGAAGCUGAGAGCCUGGCGGUAAGACUACGGAGCUCCGGUGCUGACAAAGGGAAGGACAGCAUGGUCCGAGACCACCUGGUUGUUCAGGAGAAGUGGGCAAAUCAUAUGCAGCAGGCUCAGGGCCAUGCUUUCCCAGUGCAAAAACCUGGGCUCCUAAACAAAACAGUUGCUCAGGCACCUACAGGCUAUGCCACCUUGGCAGUGCCCAAGCCAGUUUAUAGAAACCCUGUUUGCUAUGUGGACCCCAGGGCUUCUAUGUCCUUACAAACUCAGAUGGAGAGCAUGCAGAAGAGGCCGUUGGAAGUGGAAUGGACUGUACCAACCCCAGUAUCCUCAGGGCACCAUAUCCACGCAAAAGACCAGUCUUGUGGGACUGCUUUACCCAAGAGAGUCCAUCACUCUGAUCCCAGCUUCCUGCAGUUACACCAAGGCACAGGGGUUCCCACUAAAGAGAUGGUAGCAGCCUCUGUAGGCUUUCCACCUUACCAUGCAGCAUUUGAGAAAUACAGAGUACAUCAAAGCACCUCCUUUCUUGAAGCAAACUACCCUGCUGUGUACAACAACCAGAAAAGGGUCAAAGAUGUACAUGGCAGCAGCUUAUCCCAACAUACAUGGUCCAAGCUACAGCCUUCCGCUGCCAGCCCACUGGCUCAUUCCCAAACAGCAGCCUAUCGGGAUAGAUCUCCAGCCUGCUACUCGGUGUCUCACUACCCACUGACCUCACACAAGCAAACCUUUCUUUAUCAGGAGGCCCCUCAUGCUGAGGAACAGAAUGGCACUCUGUCGACCUUGCCAACUGCAGGUGGCUACAAAGGAACCAACUUGCCAGGAAGUGGGGAAUCUCGGCCCUUUUCUAGCACUUACCUGAGGCAUCAUUCCCCGAGAAGCUAUUACGCCAGCCCUCUGGAGAGCUAUGUGUAUAGACCAACUGGUCCAAUUCCAGUGGCCUCUCCAGCUUUGAAGCCUGGAGUUUCCUCUAGAGAACCUGAGCUCCAGCAGAAUUCCAGCUGCAAAGUGGACUAUCUGCAGCAGAACCCCAGUUUUGUUUUUGCACCUUCUGACAUGGCUUUGUACAAUGCCUCCUUAGCCAAUACGGAUGCUGGUCAUGAUCGGCACAUUGAUAGCAGAGUAGCUACUUCUCAUGGGACUCAAUCGGUGAGGGAGAACCCCAGAAGCAAAGAGGUGGCUAGCCAGCACAGUGCUUUCCAACUGAUUGGUGCUCUAGAUAGGCUAUCCAACAGCUCCGAAAGGCUCACUGAAGCACUACCUAGAGGAGAGCCAGGCUAUGGCUUGGGCCUGUGUCAGACAGAACAACCCAGCCUGCAUGGAAAGGAACAAGCCCACUCGGAGAGAAGAUCCAGCUUAUCCAUGAAAGAGCCUAUGCACAGAAACACAGGGAUUCAUGAAGCUCAGUUAGGAGCUCCCAUUGUCAUUACUGAUAGUCCAGUUCCGUACUACCACAAAAAAGGAGAAGCCCCCAAGGUCAAAGGCAGGCUUGUUUCCUCACCCCAGGUCAUUUCUUCUGAGGAGGGACUGAAAAGCCUGAGAGAUGCAGAUUCUACUCCCUCCUCCCCGCCUAUGCCAGUUAUCAACAAUGUCUUUAGCCUGGCACCUUACCGGGACUACAUAGAAGGGUCCAAAGGGUCGGCAGGGAUCCCCUUCUCAAAAGAUCAUCAAGAGGAAGAGUCCCCCUUCCGAAACAGCCUGUCAAGUGGAGACUGUAAGGCUGUCUCAGAACCACCUUCUGCCAAGGAUUCAUCAGAAAAGCCUAUUGGGAAAGAAGCAACCCAGGCCCUAAAAGCAGAGAUGGAGAUGGAUGAAAACCUCAGUGUGAUACAGCAGGAUGGAAGCUGUAACAGCAGGAUUUGUGAGAUCUACAAGCCAAAGAUUCUGCCACGCAGACUGCCAGCAAGAAGUGAGCCACAGAACGGCAGCAUCAGUGCUCCAGCUGCCACUGGGAACCGGGAACUUGCUCAAAAUGAUGUAGUGCUAGACCUCAGCUUGAAAAAAGAGCUAGUGAAGGCCAAUGAUCCUCUGAGCCCAGCUGGACAGAUCGAGGUGACUCCUAAAGGAGGAUGUUGUGAGGAGGCGGCGAAAGAGGGACCACUCAAAAAGCAGAGGGUGUUCAAGAGUUCCAAGACCCAGGCCUUGCCUUUGUCAGUGGAAAAUAGCUCUGGGGACAAGAGCAACUUCCAGAGCUCGACAGCCUUCAUGUUCAAAAAAUUCAAAAUCUCGAAAUCUAUCCCGACACGAGCAGUGCCCCCAGUACAGGCCAACAGCCCCACAGCACCCACGCAGGGCCCCCCGGCAGCCUCCCAGGCCAAUAGUCCCCUGGCACCCAAGCAGGGUCCCCCAGCAGCCCCUCAGGCCAACAGCCCCCUGACAGUGAUGCAGGGUCCCCUGGCAGCCACCCAAGGCAACAGAUCCCCAGCACCCACCCAGGGCCCCCCAGCAGUGUCGCAGAGCCCCCCAGCAGUGUCGCAGGGCCCUCCAGGACCCGUCCAGGCCAACAGUCCCCCGGCAGUGAUGCAGGGCCCUUCAGCACCCGUCCAGGCCAACAGCCCCCCGGCAGCGACGCAGGGCCCCCCAGCAGCCACCCAGGCCAACAUCCAACCCUUGCAGAUGACGUGCCUUUAUCUGAAACUUCCUGACAUUUCAAAGUCUCUGUCCCCCAGUGCCCCAGAGGCCUCCCCAGCACUGGGCGAGGCCAACGUCUCGCUGCCCAGCAACUGUGAAUCCCCUGCCCAGCAGACUUCAUCCAGCCAGUAUUUCACUGCAUUGCACAUAUCUCUCUGCAACAGGAUUUCAUAUUUUGUGUCCGGAACAUCUCCGGAGCUCCUUAAGCAGUGGCUGAGGAGGGUGGAGCUGGACGGAGAGCAGAAAGAGAGCUCGAAAUCUCCCCUCAAACCCAAGAAUGGUUCCCGGAUCCUGGAAGCUCAGAAAGCCUCCAAAGGCAAGGAGAUCUGGCUGGGUUUCCAGGAUAUCAGCAUGCUCCUCAGCAAGCUGUUGUCUCAGUUGGAGACCUUCAUGUUCACUCGCAAGUGCCCCUUCCCACAUGUGGUUCGAGCAGGUGCCAUCUUCAUCCCCAUUCAUGUGGUGAAGGAGAAACUGUUCCCCAAGCUUUCUGGAGCAUCUGUGGACCACGUGCUGCAGGAGCACAAGGUGGAGCUGCGCCCCACCACCCUGUCUGAGGAGAAGCUUUUGAGGGACUUAGAGCUUAAGUGCUGCACUUCCAGGAUGCUGAAGCUGCUCGCCCUGAAACAGCUGCCUGACAUCUACCCAGACCUUCUGAAUCUCCACUGGCAUGACUGUGUCAAGCACUAUCUUGGUGAACCUGGUGCAGGGACUCUGACAGAUGAAGGCAAAGCAGUAGCAGUGGAUUACGUGAAGAAGAAAGCGACUGGGGGCCUGAUGGGUGCAAGAGCUGGAACGCCGGCCAACUUGUUCAAGGGAAAGCACAGGAAAGGAAAGUUUCUGAUCUCAUCUAAGCAGGGGUCUCCUUUCCAGGAGGGGGCUGCUGCCCUGGGACCAGAGAAAACCCAUCUGCUUGACGAGAAGCCUCAGGGAAGCUGCUCCCCUCCUGAUGGAGAGGAUACUUUGCUCAAGGAUGGGAGACCAUCUUCCCAAGUUGUUCCCAGCUCCCUGGAUUCAAAACCAAAUGGACUCCCACCACCCUCUGGUGCCAAGAGGCAACUUCUCCAAACCCACAAGCCUUGUAGGACCCUUCAGCUGAAGCUGACCAGUAAGGCAUCCAGGAAGACCAGGAGUACCUCAAGAGUUCUGCACCUCCGGAACUCAAUGGUUCGGAUCAAAUUCCAGAGGGUCCUUCGGGGAGCGCAGAGGACUCCUCUCCAUGGCACUAGGGGGAUGAGGGGGAGGAGUCCAGCUUCAAGGCGAGGCUGCUCCCUCCUCAGCAAGACCUUCAGGAAUGAGGCGGAGAGUCCGAUGUCCCCAUCCAGGUACCCGGAACUGGUGGGCAAGCGGAUCAGACAUCUGUAUGAGGAGAAUGACAAGACAGAGGCCUGGUACCAGGGGGUGGUGCUGAGGAUCCACAAGCAUCACAAGGACCCCCUCAAGACGGUGUAUGAGGUGAAGUAUGACAGCGAGCCCGAGUGGCAGUACUACCUGGAGAUCCUGCAGGACUACAAGAAAGGCUGGCUGAAAGUGGAUGAAUGAAAGUGUACCUUGGCCUUUGCUGGUGGCUUACAGCACUAGUGGCUCCAACUCAGUAUGAGUAAAAAGCUCUGGGGCUUGUUUAUUGUCUUCCCCACCAUGGUCCCAUCUCUGUCAAUGGACUAAAUGCACCCAGGUGUCGAUGGAGAGAAACGUCACAUAACUAAAUGAGUUCAUUCCUUUCUCCUCCCCCACUUACCCUGCACCUUCUGAAUGGACACCAAAGCACCAAUGUGCCUUGUGCCUGUAGUAGGAAGUCCAGAAGAUAAAUUCUACAUGGAAGGCCAUGGGCUUGGUUCAGUGGGAGAGGAAUAAUUGCAUCUAUUCAAAGCAAUAUUUCCCUCAGACUGACCAUUCUCCCCUAGUCCAUAACCUCCCAUUGUUCCUUAUUGGCAUGGAUAUUCCCCACCAGGGAGAGCAGUCUCCUUCCUGGAGGCUGGGCUCUCGCAUGGAGGCCACGUUCAGUGUUCAAAGGGGACAGGCCCUCCACAUGCACAACCCCAGCAGCCUAUAGAGGGCAUCACACCAAGCACAUGUAGCUCAGGAAUACAGCAGGGAAGUGGUGUCACACUGUUCUUCCACUAGGCACCUUUUCUUUUCAUCUCCUUUACUCCCACUUGAUUUUUAGCGGAUCAUCUCUCUCUCUCUUUACACAGCCUCCCAGCCACACUCAUCCCUCUGUUUUCAGAUAGAAUGUAUCUUUCAUGCUCACCUGACUGACAAUUUGUGCAGGUUCCUGUUCAAAAUGCACCCUACGAGCAGUCCCCGCUGGGUCUAGCUGGUGACACAACAUCCUUGAAGCUGAGUUGCAAUUGGACACCCGGGGCUUGAUUCUGUUGCCAUGGAGUCAGUGGGAGUCAGGCCCUGACUUUCCAUGGAGCAGGAUCUGGCUCUUACAGUCAAAUGUUGUGAUUUUCUGCACUCUAUGCAAUCCUGUUGGAGAUGGUUUGAUCUUGCACAGGAUCUAAACUGGUGCUGAAUUUGGUCCUUAUACAUCUCCCCCUGCCACCCAACACACACUUUCUUAAUUUUCUUUUUAAUAUUUCUUUUUAGUUUAAUAUUCUAUGGUGGGUUUUGAAAGUGCAUUUUCUGUGGAGCUGGAAGCUCUACAAGAGACAGACUAAGCCCACUCAUGUUAGUGGCCUCAUUGCUUCCAGCGCAGCUUGAGUGGGCUUGCUGAUGGGUACUUUUAAGAACACUUCAGAAUGUACAGCACUGAGUACAUUCUGAAGGGACAGGGGCAGUAGUUGGCUCUGUUUUCCAUUGCUAAUCUUGUAAACCUUUUCCCUUUCAACCAAGAGUGGCUGAUCUGUAUCUGAUCUGCUUGGCAGAAGUAGCCUUUUUUUUUUUUUUUUUUUUUUAAUGGGGAAGGGGUUGUUUGAUUCAAUGUUUUGGGGGUGGGGUGGGGUGGGGGGGAGAACCUUUACUUUCUGCCCCUAAAGGAAGAAAAGCUAACCAUCUACAUCUUCAUUGCAAUGCUCCCCACCACUCAGCCAACAUUCACUUCUCCCUCCUUCUUUAUACAUACUUUAUUCAUUAAAUAUAGCUUCUUGCUUUAAUUCCCUGCCCUUUUUAAUUCUGAAAGGCUACAGAGAUUAAACAGAACAUUGGGAUCAUGACUUCCAUAGUUACAGGACUGAUUUUGUUGUUUUAAAUGAAAACAUUUAAAAAAUGUUAUGAAUUUACCUUUGUAAGGAGCUGCUGCCUUGAAGUUUUGGUUUUUUUUGUUUGUUUUAUUUAAACUUUUGGAUUCCCCUGUUAACUUUGUUGAGAUAGUGUCACCAGUUAGGAGCUCGAUUCUUGUCAUAGCUGAGAGACAUUCUGAGUGGGUUUUAAAGACUGAUUUAUUUUUUUUAAACCUGAUUACAAUGCAGGUCCUGGAUGCUCACUCCUGGGUGUCUUUUUAAGGAGUUCUUAGGGAAUGCAUAUGCCGGUGAAAAUCCUUUAUACUUGACAAGGAAAUGGGGACUAUCCAUCCUAAUGUAACAAUAAAAUGGGGGUGAGAAGGAGAGACCUCAUAUGUCUUCAGAACAGCGACCAUUUCACUUCCUAUAACACUGUAAUGAUUCCGGACAUAAUAGUGAAGUCUCCCUCUCAUCAGCUGAAGUGAAUGGCUAAGAACUGACACAUCUAUGCUCCACCAGGCAACCAAAUGGGACUGGUUAUUGUGCGGUAGAGAAGUAUAAGAGCAAAGGCCUUUACAGACUCUACACACAGGUAUUUUCAGCUGGUCGGGGGAGCUGAGGAACAAGUUAAGAGAAUUCCCCCCCCCCCACUACAGGAAGUAUUUAUUUUCAACCUACAAAACUAAAACCAGUGAACUAGUCUUUCCAAAAUGGUGUUUUCCUGCUUCUGGAGGCAGUUGCUGCUGCUGCUGCAUUGAGUACCAUUUGAUUUUUAAAAUGCUUAUACUGAACCCGCAGGCGACUUGGAAGGAGGGGUUCCCUGUGCCGUUUGUGCACUCUCUUGCCAUGUGCAGUCUGUGAGUAGCAUUGUAAAGCUAUUCGGAGACCAGUGUUUGUAAAUAAUGUAAUUUUUUUGUAUAGAGUCGAAGUGGGAGAAAGUCCUUCACGUUAUUUAAUAUUUUGUAAGAAUAUCACCGUAAGAGGUGCCUCGCCCUGAUUAAAGUGUUUGGUUUGUUUUUGAA